UGAACCCUCCCACCUCUGACAUCCAACAUAUUGUUUAUGGGCACAACAACGCAGCCAUUUGAAAGAGAACAGGAGGACAGGUGGCCUUCAGCCUCUCCUUCUCAUUUCCUCCUUCACCUGAAACCAACAUCAAGAACAUGUCUGACACUCUCUGUAUCGUGGGUUCGUUGUUCGGAUCCGCAGAAGGACAGCAAGAAUGUGGUUCCUGCUAUGUAAUAAAUAUGGGGUCUGUGAUGGCCAUUAUUGCCACUGAUAUUAUCUUGACCAUCUUCAUCACUAUUUCUGUGUUCUGCUUUGCAACUCACCACAAGAGACGGAAGGAAUGGGGCUCUCAGGAUGGCAACCUACCACCAUCAAUAUCAAAGAAAAUGGCAACAGAGGUCACAGAAUCCCCGUACCAGGAGUUACAUGGAGUCCAAUCGGAUGUGUACAGUGAGCUUCGGCACUUUAGGAAAUGAAACAGUGGAGCUACACAAAUGCCAACAAUGUCUGUAAUUAUUUUCUCAAGCUACAGCUGGAUAGUACCUCACACCCCUCUACACACAUCCUGUUUUGCCACCUGCAGGAUUAUAGGUAACAACAUACAGUAUAUGGAUAUGUAACUUGCAUGUAAUUGAUUUAUAUUUUAUUUACUGAGUGCUGAAUGUGAUGUUCGCUGAAUAAUGUUUUUUUUCAAAUCUCUAUAUAUGUAUUUGUAUUCAGCUAAUUAUAAAUUAAAGUACAUUUAAAAACCC